UUAGAGGCGGUGGGAAGCUGGAUGAACACAGCAGGCAAGCUGAUGUCUCGGCCCGAAACGUCAGCCUUCCUGCUCCUCUGAUGCUGCUUGGCCUGUUGUGUUCAUCCAGCUCUACACCUUGUUACCUCGGAUUCUCCAGCAUCGGCAGUUCCUACUGGUUCUAAUGAUACAGCAAGGUAUUGAAGAAACUAACAAGGAGAAACUGGAGCAGUUUCCUCCUCCAGGAUGUCCACAGUUUGGUUCUGUUUGUGUUUUCUGCCUUUCUGGACAAUCCUUCCAGUCUCAGCUGGUAAACCAUGUGAUGCCAGGAGUUUUGGGGGUAGCUCGGUGGUUUGUAUUUGCAAUGCGACAUACUGCGAUACAGUUGAUCCACUGCGGUUGCCAAAGAAAGGCCAUUAUGUUUUGUAUGAAACCACUAAAGCUGGUAAGCGGCUUGAACACAAAACAGGAAAAAUCCUCACAAACACCAAACAACAAGGUUUGCAGCUGACUUUUGAAGUGAAGAAGAAAUACCAGCAGAUGAAAGGCUUUGGAGGUGCAAUCACUGAUGCUGCAGCCAUCAACAUUCUCUCGCUUUCUGUUGGGUCCCAGGAAAAUCUUCUCCGAUCCUACUUUUCCGAAGAAGGAAUCGAGUACAAUAUUAUCCGUGUGCCAAUGGCUAGCUGUGAUUUUUCGACACACGUGUACACUUAUGAUGACCAUCCUGGAGACCUGGAUCUGCAACACUUCAGUUUGACAGUGGAAGACAUUAAAAUGAAGAUUCCAAUUAUUAAAGUGGCUAAAGCACUUUCCAAACGCCCCGUGUCUUUGUUUGCCAGCCCAUGGACUGCUCCACCCUGGAUGAAAACGAGCAAUUCAACAAUUGGGAAGGGAACUUUGAAGGGGCAGCCUGGAGGAGUAUACUACAAGUCAUGGGCAAAGUAUUUCAUCAGGUUUCUGGAUGAAUAUGCAAAGCAUAAUCUCACAUUUUGGGCACUGACAGCACAAAAUGAGCCCACUACAGGAAUGCUAACUGAUUACAGCUUCCAAUGCAUGGGCUUCACAGCAGAGUUGCAGCGAGAUUUCAUUGUGCUUGAUCUCGGGCCUGCAUUACGAAACAGUUCUCACAAGGACGUGCAGCUUAUGAUCCUCGAUGAUCAAAGACUCUUGUUGCCCUAUUGGGCAAAGGUGGUCCUAAGUGAUGUGCAUGUUGCUGAGUAUGUGCAUGGCAUCGCAGUGCACUGGUACCUUGAUAUGCUCACUCCAGCUGAUAAAACUCUGGAUGCCACACAUGAUCUUUUCCCAGAAUAUUACCUGUUUUCCACAGAGGCCUGCACUGGAUACUUGCCAUGGGAACACACAGUACAACUGGGAAGUUGGGAGCGAGGUGCCAUGUACAGCCAUGACAUCAUUCAGAAUCUGAAUAAUCAUGUAACUGGUUGGACAGAUUGGAACAUUGCAUUGAACUUGCAAGGUGGCCCGAACUGGGUGAAAAACUUUGCUGACAGUCCGGUCAUUGUGAACAGUCAUCAGGAUACCUUCUACAAACAGCCUAUGUUCUACCACAUGGCCCACUUUAGUAAGUUUGUUCCUGAAGGUUCUCAACGUGUUGGACUUGAUCCCAAUGCUGCGACUGAACUGGACUCUGUGGCUUUCCUCCGCCCAGAUGGAUGUGCCGUCAUCAAUGUCCUGAACUGGAGCCAGAAGGAUAUUGAUUUUGUGAUCUGGGACCCUGAGCAUGGCUUUAUCAAAGCACACUCACCUGCAGAAUCUAUCCAAUCUUAUUUAUGGAAAUGGCAAUAAAUCCUCUUUCACAAACUAUCAAAGUCAAGUCAUCCCUGAUGUAGAGGACCAUGAUAUCUACAAUGCUGUUAAUUACAUGAAUACUGGUUAGUGUAUGCUUUGGUAUAUUCUUCUCAGCUGGAUUCCCCUUCCUCAGCUUGCAUCAAAGCUACGUGACUCCUUUCAUAAUCAAUAAGAAACACUGGUACUCCAUUUGUGCUAACAGCAGGGGAGGCCAUUCAAGUCCUCGGGAUUACCCUGCAAUUGGAUAAGAUUAUGGUUGAACUGAUUAUGGCCCUGAUCCUUUUUGACUAAAUGUUGGUCAUGGGUCUUACCAGACCCUAGUGCUGCACUCCUGUUAGAGACAACUGGUGAUGGUAUAACCUGAGAGUCACCACACCUCUGGCAAGGGGAGAGGUUGAGAAAGAGAAUCGUGCAUGGUAACCUCAGUCAGUACAGGAAUUGAACCCACACUGUUUGUGUAACUCUGCACUGCGAAUCAGCUGUCUAGCCAACUGGUGUGGCCAUUAGACAAGAUCUUUUUACUCUAAAAAUUUCUCGCAGCUCCACCUGGACCCCUUUUUGAAGAAGGGAAGUCAUCCUACUGAGUGAAUAAUUUUUUCGUUUCUGUCUUAAAUGGGUGAUCUCCUAAUUUGUCCCUUUGGCCUAGUUUCUCCAAUAAGGGUAAAUUUCCUGUCAGCAUCCACCUUGUGUAGUCUCCUCAGGAUUAUUAACAUUGUAAGAUGAUAUUGACAUGCAAAAAAAUACGUCCACAUUGAUGGGGAAAUGCUGGUUUUAGUGAGAUGCAGUUUAAACAACUACUGGUGUUUUUGGGAACUAACUUGUGAAUUUGGAUUAAUUAAAAAGACGGUGGUCACAAAGGAUGUUGUUUGCAUCAGAAGUUUCAAUGACUAACAUCACUCGAGGUAACUAUGGAUUGCUGCAGAAUGGAUAUAAUGUAGAGACUACAAAAAUAUUUUAAAAAUUGCAGCUACACUCGGAUAACUGAGCAUGUUUGUGUGUGCAUGGACAUAAGCCAUAAAUUAGGACUGAACAGCAAGAUGAGAAAUAAAUCUCUAUGAUCAAGAGACCUCUCUCUCACUGAAAUAAUUCUAUAGCGUGGCCAGAUGACAAAACUAACUAUAACAGGCAGCAGUACAGCUGGUUCUGCUAAUUGGCGAUAACAUGACUGACAAAUAGAGGAAUGCUGUUUCUAAAAUGCAAACUUGUGUGCGCUAUAAUGUGAUUCCAUCCGUGCAUGCAGAAGUACACGUCAACAUCACAUGAUCAUUUUGCAGGUAUUAUUCUGACCACGUACAAUGUUAGUACUGAAAAAAUCUUCCUGCAGGCAUCACAAACUUUGUCGUGAAGCAAUUUUCUGAGAGAGGUACAGUACUUUGUGAUUUUUGUGAGGACAAAAAUGCAAGGACAAAGUGGCAAUGUUAGCAAGUAGCGUCCUGGUGAUAAAAUUGCUGGUGGUGAAUAUUAAAAGGCUACAAACGCUGGAAGAGAAGCUGGAUAUUAUAAAGGAUUUUGAGCGUAAUGAGAGAACAUGUGAUAUAGUCUAAGAUAAUAAAAUGUGAGGCUGGAUGAACACAGCAGGCCCAGCAGCAUCUCAGGAGCACAAAAGCUGACGUUUUGGGCCUAGACCCUUCAUCUGCAGUUCCCAUUAUCACUCGUGAUAGUCUGCAAUGCAAGAGUAAAGGAGUCUACCUUAUGCACCAUUAGAGACAAUGCAGAAAGGAUUAAGCAAGCUCUAUUGCUAGAACAAGUCUGGGUGCUAGUAAAUCUGAGGUCACAGUCAGAAGAAUAUGAGGAGAUGGAGCAGCUUCUACAUGUGUGAAUAGAAGAUCAAAUGAAAAAGCAAUCUGGGACCAACUUUCUGACCAUAAAAGAGACAGAGAGCCUUAUUAUGAAUAUCUAACAAAAAAGCUGAUAAUCCUACAGAUGUGCCUGCCUUUAGUGCUAGCAGUGGCUGGUUUGCUAGUUUGAAGAACUGCUCUGCUUUUCAUAACAUAGUUAUGUGGUGCUGUUAAGUGCAGAUGAAGAACAUGUGGUGCCAUUUCCUUAAUUGACAAAGAAGGCUACAUCUUAGAUUUACUUGAGCCCCACUGUGAAGACCUCUACAGCUGAUCCACAACACCUUGUCACUGAGGGGGAAGUGGAAGCUGGAAAUGAAGAUGAAGCUGUCCAAGAUGCAGUACCACCACAAGUUUUCUCUUCUGUUUUUGUCUUCCAUUCUGAGGGGAAUUGAGAAGCAGUUGCAGCCCUGAGAGGGCAACAGUUCCAAUGCAGAAUGUAGCAGGGUUGCAGUUUGUGGAAUAAGAUCUUAUUUGGUGUCCUAUGAACAGCUUCUUCACGAAAGAAGAUAAAGGGCAAAGCAGCCAAAACUGGAAGACUUUGUUAAGACAACCCUCCACAGUCAGACCACAAUGAACAACAACCAUUCACUUCUGCAUUAACAAUUUUUCGCCCUAACCCUGCAACUACAACUGCACCUGAAAGUGAUGACGGUGACAACCCUCAGCCCUGCAUUAACAGAAAUCUGAAAACCUCCACUUCCAUCAAGUUAUCUUGACCUUUUUUUUCCCCAAGAUAAGGUGUUAAAUUUACUUUUAAUAUCUAACAAUGAAAUAAACAUUUAUUAAAACUGUG